AAUUUCGAUAUUCGUCGCGUAUAUAAGUCGCCAUCGAUCCCCAAUCCAUACCUAUAUAUUGCAUAUUGCAUCCACAGUUGGUUGUGUCGUUUAAUAUACUAAAAAUUGAGAAAGUUGAACUGAACAUUUUGUUUCUUCAUUUUGACCAAAACCAGGAAAAUUAGAUUUCGAAAAAGAAAAAAGAAAAAUAAAAUAUUUCAAUACACUCAGCUCAGCUGCUGAGGUAGAUAGAUAAUCUACAAUUUUCAGCUCCCUUGUUGAUCAAGCAGCUUCUCACAAAUUCGGCGCUAUGUCGCAGCCCUCGCGCCCCAAGAGCCCCGAUGAUCAAACUGGGCUGUAUAUUCGUGUCAAACGCAACAAGACAACUUACUUUCUGCAAUGUGUGCCGAGUGAGACGAUUCUGCAGAUUAAGGAGAAGUUGCAAGAGCUCACUGAUCAACCCGUCGAUGAUCAGCGUUUGAUACUAAUGCCAAAUCGGGAAGUGUUGGAAGACUCGAAAUCGCUAGCAGAUCAAAAGGUUGAGAAUGAUGCUGUCGUUGCCCUGACACUGAGAAAAGAUGAUAAUGAAUUUGAAGAGGUGAACAUUGUGAGACCAAAUGAUUUUUACCAAUCGAGGGAGGCGGAUGGUGGGUCGAAUUGGUGAGGCUGCAACGGUAGUGUCGUAGAAGGUUCGUCAUUCGUCACCGUUUUUCUCCGGCGUAGAAAAACCGCCGGAGAAAAACCGGUCUUGUAUUACUUUGAGUGCUUGAUAGCAUCUGGAGUUGAUCUCCUUGUGUGCAACAUCAUUACUUGAUUUUCAUUUUCAGUGCAAAAACAUUUAUAUGCUACCUUUUCAUA